AUGUGGGAACUGCGCUCUGCCUCCUUCUGGAGGGCCAUAUUUGCUGAGUUCUUUGCUACCCUCUUCUUUAUCUUCUUUGGGCUUGGGGCCUCAUUGCAUUGGGCGCCCGGACCCCUGCCUGUCCUGCAGGUGGCUCUGGCCUUUGGCUUGGCCCUGGCUACAUCGGUGCAGACAGUGGGCCACAUCAGUGGAGCCCAUGUGAACCCUGCAGUCACUUUUGCCUUCCUUGUGGGCUCUCAGAUGUCCCUGCUCCGAGCCUUCUGCUAUAUGGUAGCCCAGCUCCUGGGAGCUGUGGCUGGGGCUGCUGUGCUGUAUAGUGUCACCCCGACUGCCUUCCGAGGAAACCUAGCACUCAACAUGCUGCAUUCUGGAGUGAGUGUGGGCCAGGCCACCACAGUGGAGAUAUUCCUGACACUCCAGUUCGUGCUCUGCAUCUUUGCCACAUACGAUGAGAGGCGGAACGGCCGCCUGGGCUCUGUAGCUCUGGCUGUUGGCUUCUCCCUCACCCUGGGGCACCUCUUUGGGAUGUAUUAUACUGGUGCAGGCAUGAAUCCUGCCCGCUCCUUUGCUCCUGCCAUUCUUACCCGGAACUUCACCAACCACUGGGUGUACUGGGUGGGCCCAAUCAUUGGAGGGGGUCUGGGCAGCCUUCUCUACGACUUUCUGCUCUUUCCCCGGCUCAAGAGUGUUUCUGAGAGACUGUCUAUCCUCAAGGGUGCCAGACCCGGUGACUUCAAUGGACAACCAGAGGGCACAGGGGAACCUGUUGAACUGAAGACCCAGGACUUAUAAAAGUUCCAGCUGGAGAGGGGCAGUAGAAAGCUUUUGGUUUUCUGUGGAGAUGCUGAGCCAGUUCCUAAAUGAAGAAUGAGGCUGUGGGGAGGGGCAUGUACUUCUUUAUUUU